GAUGGGCUGAACGAAAAGGGACAUCCUUUUGCAGAAGGGGAUCCGCAAGUUGACGAUGACAGAAGUGAAAUCGACGUGAAUCAAAGUAAGGUUAUCGUAACAGGUCUACAGAUCUAACCCAAUACUCAAACUUCCUGAUAAAUGUGUGAUUUGUAAAAUAGCCGUCUCUCGAUGCUACAGGUUAACGUAGAAUGAAUACGGGAGAAGGAAAUAAUAUUCCAAUAUCUCUACUUUCCAAAAGAAUUGAUUGAGUAGACGAGAAGUAUACGAGUUCUUUAUGAAACGUGAUGGUUGCUAAGAGUUCGCUAUAGCUCACAAGUUUAAAAAGAGAACAGCGCAACGAAAUCGAUAUCCGGACUGGAAAUCGCGUCAGGCUCAUAGUUUAGUAAAAAUGAAAUUUUAAUUGCUAGAUGGAUAAUUAACUGAAUUCAACCUGUGUUAGGCAUUAUUAGUGCCAUGACUAAUCUAAGAUAUGUUUUAGCGUUUUGGAAAUUUUUACCUGUGGAUUAAUAAAGAAAUUGUAAUUGCUCACAGAAAACGGGGUUGAUGCAUUUGAAGGCGACAUCAUGAUGACAGCUGAACAAUGGGACGAACUCAAAAAGGAAUUUGAACGGACAGGACAGCCCCUGCCGUCAUAG